CGUCAGGUCCCAAGCCUUGUCUUCCGCGCCUGCGCUCCAAGACGGCUCGGAUGCCGGCGGUCUCUGCUGAAGAGAGAAGAUGGCGCUUGACGGGCCAGAGCAGAUGGAGCUGGAGGAGGGGAAGGCAGGCAGCGGACUCCGCCAAUAUUAUCUGUCCAAGAUUGAAGAACUCCAGGUGAGGACAGACUCCAGUUCACAGUUUGUUCCACGUCUUCAAGAGUCAAAUCUUAACAGAAAAGUUCGCCUAUUGCGGGAGGAGCUACAGCUGCUGCAGGAGCAGGGCUCCUAUGUGGGGGAAGUAGUCCGGGCCAUGGAUAAGAAGAAAGUGUUGGUCAAGGUACAUCCUGAGGGCAAAUUUGUUGUAGACGUGGACAAAAACAUCGACAUCAAUGACGUGACACCCAAUUGCCGGGUGGCUCUAAGAAAUGACAGCUACACUCUACACAAGAUCCUGCCCAAUAAGGUGGACCCAUUGGUAUCAUUGAUGAUGGUGGAAAAAGUGCCAGAUUCGACUUAUGAGAUGAUUGGUGGACUGGACAAACAGAUCAAGGAGAUCAAAGAAGUGAUCGAGCUGCCUGUUAAGCAUCCCGAGCUCUUCGAAGCACUGGGCAUUGCUCAGCCCAAGGGAGUGCUGCUAUAUGGACCUCCAGGCACUGGGAAGACACUGUUGGCCCGGGCUGUGGCUCAUCAUACAGACUGUACCUUUAUUCGUGUCUCUGGCUCUGAAUUGGUACAGAAAUUCAUUGGGGAAGGGGCAAGAAUGGUGAGGGAGCUGUUUGUCAUGGCACGGGAACAUGCUCCAUCUAUCAUCUUCAUGGAUGAAAUCGACUCCAUCGGCUCCUCACGGCUGGAGGGGGGUUCUGGAGGGGACAGUGAAGUGCAGCGCACAAUGCUGGAGUUGCUCAACCAGCUGGAUGGCUUUGAGGCCACCAAAAACAUCAAGGUUAUCAUGGCUACUAAUAGGAUUGAUAUCCUGGACUCUGCGCUGCUUCGCCCAGGGCGCAUUGACAGAAAAAUUGAAUUUCCACCCCCCAAUGAAGAGGCUCGGCUGGACAUUCUGAAGAUUCAUUCUCGGAAAAUGAACCUGACUCGGGGGAUCAACCUGAGAAAAAUUGCUGAGCUCAUGCCAGGAGCAUCAGGAGCUGAAGUGAAGGGUGUGUGCACAGAAGCUGGCAUGUAUGCCCUGCGAGAACGGCGAGUCCAUGUUACUCAGGAGGACUUCGAGAUGGCAGUAGCCAAGGUCAUGCAGAAAGACAGUGAGAAAAACAUGUCCAUCAAGAAAUUAUGGAAGUGAGGGAACAGCCUUUGUGUGGAUCCUCCAAUAAAGCUCUGUAGGCCCAGUC